AUACGUAUCUAAAACUGGAAGAUGUGACCCGUAAGUUUAAUAAGCCUUGCAUAAUGGAUGUAAAAAUAGGUCAGAAAAGUUACGAUCCAUAUGCUUCAGCUGAGAAGAUACAGCAACAGGUCAGCAAGUACCCGCUGAUGGAAGAGAUUGGCUUUUUGGUACUUGGCAUGAGGGUUUACCACGUCUCUUCUGACAGCUACGAGACGCAAAACCAGCACUACGGAAGGAGCUUGACAAAGGAAACAGUGAAGGAUGGCAUCUCCAAGUUCUUCCACAAUGGGUACUGCUUGAGAAAAGAUGCGAUAGCUGCCAGCAUUCGGAAGAUUGAAAAAAUUCUGGAGUGGUUUGAGGGCCAGAAGCAACUCAACUUUUAUGCAAGCUCAUUGCUCUUUGUUUAUGAAGGUUCAUGUCAGGCAACGACCAUGCGGCUGGGUGAUGUCACCUUGGCAGAGAAGAGAGGAGUGCCCAAAGGACUCUUAUCAGGUGGAGACAUACUGGAGUAUAAUAAUAAUAUUCAUGUAAUAAAUUCUACAGAGAAUGGGAAAAUCGAGGCCUCUGUAAGUAAAGGCUUGUCCAAAUUUUACGCACUUCACAAAAAGGCGUAUUCUAAGAGGCACCACAGUCAACUCUCACUGAAAGUGGAAAACUUGGAGCAAGGCAACGUGUGGAAGAGCAGCGCGUGCAUUACACAGGAGCAUCUGAAUGGGAAUGUUAUACCCCAACUGGAAAAAGUUUUCUGUCACAUGCCAGCAGAGAUCAAGGAAAGUGCAAACGUGGAAGUCCGAAUGAUAGAUUUUGCUCAUGUGUUUCCUAGCAACACAAAGGAUGAGGGCUACGUUUAUGGUCUGAAGAAUUUAAUCAGAGUACUUAAAAAUAUUUUGGAUAACUAAAUUCUUUGCUAUGGUUUUUACUGGGGGCCAAUGAUAAAGAAGAGCAACAACAUGAAGAAUUUCUGCACUUCUAAUGCUGUAUAACUGGGUUUGUAUCGUUCUAUAUUUUAUUUGUCUUUGUACUUUUGGUAGAAGGGUUUAACUUUUUAUAAUCUCACUCAGGAAAA